AUAAUCCCAGUGACCUGAACAGGGCAAUAUGCAGGUGUCUGGGGUGUCAUAGGUUCGUGGCGGCUGUGCUAACAUGGAUAGGAGAGGUAUUUUUGCUCAGAUUGCUGCCUCCCAUGGAAAUACUUAUGAGGAAAGGAAGACUCCAUAGGUCUCCGCCUCAUGGAGCUUUCCUGGGAUUGUGGUGUGGAGGGAUGGGAUUUGACACCUCUUCUCUGCACACAGCGUACAACAGCCAGUGGUUCUAUCUCCAGAGCCACAGACCCAAGCUCACUGCACAACAGCAGACCAGGGGAGAAUGUAAACAAAGACACUGGUUUGGAUACCCCUACUGUAAAGAAAAGUGCCAACGGGUCUUCAAUGAGGAGUCAGACCCUCUGUUUUUAAUGUCUUAUCACAUGGAUCUUCUCCCACACCCAGUAUAAACUCCAUGGAACUCAACAUAUCUACUUCAGAGCACCACAGUUCCAGAGAUUCUCAGUAUUUCAAGUGCAUUUUAACUCCUCGUUAGACCAGAGGGUCUCUAUUUUUGGUCAAACGACCAGCUGGGUUCCACCAAGCUCUUACUGGGUCAUCUGCACAGUUGGCUGGUCACAUGGGACUGUCGCCUCCUUGUUUCCACCUGCUAAGCAGCAUUGAAAAGUGCUUAAAAUACAUUUCCAUGUGAGCGGUUGCUAUAGUCACCAUGGAGAUGAUGUGUUGUUAUGAGGAGGAGGUGGCGAUGGGCCCCACAAUAGCAAAUGGAAGAGGAUGCAGCUCAAUGGGACAAUCUGUGUAGUAAGAUGUGGUCCACAUUAUGGAAACUAGGCAACUGAGAAGAAAUUGUACUGUUGUUUGUUGCUUGUCUCUGCCUGUUUGUUUGUCUGUCUGGUCUUUCAGCCUGUAAGCUCUUUGGGGCAGGCACAAUCUUUUGGUUUUAAUAGUCGAAGUUUCAUAGAGUUUAUGGGUAGACUGGACCUUUAGAUUGUCUAGUCAGACCCCACGCCCAGCUUAUUGGCCCUGGUCGGGGCCGUUAAGGCACUACCAGUUAAGAAUAUUAAAACAUUUGAGAAUCCUUGGCUAAGUCUAUCGAGCCUCCCUCUCCAUCACAUUUAAAGCUGUCCCAUGCUAAAUGGACACCUGACAGGGAUUUUAGGCCUAGCUUUCUUCUCUGAUUUUGCCAUUUGUUCUCCUGCAGGGAAUGCCUGAAGAACGGGACCUUAUGACGCCUCCUCAGUCAGCUGAUGUCGUGGAUGAAAACCUCUCUGUUUCCGGCUGCCCCGAGCCCUGGAUCGAACCCACUUUCACGCUAGCAGCCAGGGUCCGUGUGAUCGUCACCAUUUGCUUUUUCCUGAUAGCAGCAUCCAGCAACUCAGUUGUGUUAUACAGCAUCAUGAGGAAGAGAAGGAAGUCCCAUGUCCGGCUGCUGAUACUAAGCUUAACGGUGGCAGAUUUACUGGUGACCUUCACGGUCAUGCCCCUGGACGCUGUAUGGAACGUGACGGUCCAGUGGUACGCCGGGGACCUGCCGUGUAAAUUGCUGAACUUCCUCAAACUCUUUGCCAUGUACUCUGCAGCGCUGGUGCUUGUGGUUAUCAGCCUAGACCGGCACUCAGCCAUCCUCCACCCCUUUGCCUUCGCUAAUUCCAGUCGACGCAACAGACUCAUGUUAUGCGUCGCUUGGGUCAUGAGCCUUCUGCUGGCCUCGCCCCAGGUAUGAGCGCAACUCCAUUGUAAAGCUGGGGUUGCUUCAAACAGGAAGUGCCACACUUUAGAAUAAGCAAAAGUGAAUGUCCACCUUGCGCUGGGCGAAUGGUUUGGGGGAUGAU